UCGUGGUGCCAGUCGUGAGCCGGACACAGAGUGGGACGGGAUGCGUGAGUACUUACACAGGACUUACCGAUCCAGACGCCGACCCGAGCAGAAGAAGAGGAAGGUCAAGAAGGGGGAACUGAUCCUCGUCUCGGAACCCUUCGUCAGCAUCGUCAAUAAUGAGAAUCGCCUCAAGUACUGUGACUACUGCAUCACCUCGUCGAAAGACAAGGUCCUGCACCCCUGCCGCCUCUGCCGCGUCCCUUGGUACUGCAGCAACGAGUGUGAGCUCUUGGCGGCCGAUCUCCACGCCCACGAGUGCCCUCACCUGAAGCGAGUGUCACCUUCAGUGCCUCCCGAUUUCGUCAGGUUGAUUGCCCGGGUCAUCUUCAGGUUAAAGCUAAUAGUGAACCGCUUCUGCCUGCUGAGUCACGCGAUGGUGAGCGUCGGGUCAUCCUCUACCUCGCGGCCUCCAUCCUCGACCACGCCUGCCGCCCACCUGCAGCUUCUACUUCUCCCGGGAGGAAACGUGCACAUCCGCUCGCUGGUCGACGACGAGGAUUUCAGUUUCGAGAAAUGUCGCAUCAGCUACGUGGACCCCGUGUCAAGUGCCAUCAGCCGUCGGGAAGAACUGCACAAAAAGUGGUUCUUUUUGGUGUGGACUGCAACUUUGUGUGGCGAUGCUGAGAGGAAGGCCCUGGAGACGUCAAAUGAAAUGUGGCCGCUGCGAGACCUAUCGGAUAACACACCCACGGCACGGUUCACGGAUACCAACAACUCCGCGACGCCUUAUCAAAGUAGCCUGGAACCUGGCGAUACCUACCCGCUGCUCUUUCUUCGAGCACUCCACAGCCAGGAACAUCCGGGGACUCUGCGGCUCCGGAGUCGGAAUAUAACUACGGAGAACCGAAUUCCCGCUGCUUUAGAGGAAUGCCAGUCACCAGUCUACGUGCCCGAGAAGGAGGACCCGCGCUACCCAACGACACCCACAUGUACCCGCUGUGGAUUGGCUGUGGAUCCCGUGGUCAGGCGUCGGUACAACGAUCUCUUUAACUUCACCAAAAAGAAACUUCACGCCAUGGCCUCCGACGACCCUGACAUAGAGAUGUGCGUGGAGCUCCUGAAGCGGCAGGACGAGCUCUUCCACCCGAUGAACGCGUGGCGGAUCCGGACGAUGGACUACGCCUUCAACGCCGCCGUCUUCGGGGGCUGCUGGAGCCUCGUCUACGAGUUCGGCGCCAAGAACCUCGACGGGAUGAGGUAUUAUUACGGCUCAGAGCACCCUGUCUUCGCCCUCUUCCUCCUGAAGCUGGGGAAGGCGAAGAUCUACCUGAAGCUUUUCCGAGAAGGCCUGCAGCACCUGGAGGAAGCGGAGCCCGUGCUGAGGAGGGCCUACGGAAGCACGCACUACCUGAUCACGGAGGAGCUGAGUCCUCUGGGUCUCCUGGCGAACGAGGACAUCGAGAUCGCCCUCGAGAGACGUCUUCGGGCCUGGAAGAAGCGCGAGGAGGUCGAGGAAGCCAAGAAGUUGGAGAAGAAGCUGCAGGACUUCCUCGAAAUCGGCACGCGGUCGGGGACGCAGCGCUUUCGAGGGUCACUGUCCUAAACUUCUCUUUUCCUCUCCUUUUAGUCAUGUCGGAGGUUGUCUCAGCCUCCCGUUUAGUCUCAUAGUCUCGUUGUCGUAGUCGUUCCUCCAAUCACAUCGGAGUUCGUCGUUAUAGCACCCCCUUUAAGUCGUACCGGGGCUUGUUUUCACAAUAUCCGGCCCCAGCAGCUUAUCGAGGGUCUUUGUCAUAGUCCCCCCUUUAAAACACACCGAAGCUCCGUUUUCUCUCUUCGACAAGACGGAUAUUUUUAUACACACGCUCCCUAAGCAUCGCCGAAUCGGAUUAUGUAAUCGGGGAAGAAAAACGUCUUUCAAUCGUCUUAAGUAAAAAUCAGAAACAAAAUAUAAGCGGCACCGAACGUCAGCUGAUUUGAAUGGAGGGAUUAAAUGCAUACAUGAAAACACUGAUAGAAUUUACCUUUAGAUUUACCAGCUUCACUGACCAACAACAAUUAAUUACGGAUUCAUGUAGGUGAUAUUAGUUCUUUUCCAGAAAUGAUCUGCUGUGUGUCUCUUCUGCAUUUCUUUUUUCUUCUUUAAUUUGUUAUUUAUUCUUUCAUUCGAUAUGUUCCUGUAUCUGUUU